GUGAAUAUUAAUGAAGAUAAGUUUUAUCAUUAGAAAGUUCUGGUGUAUUGAUUCGGAGAGGAGGGGGACCUUGGCCUAAAAAAGUUUUCAGGAAAUAAACAGAAACGUUUUGUGUCUCUUCGCACAAAGAAGAGGACAGAACACUGUGGGUCACCGGUUUGUCAUCUGUGAAUGUGGUCCAGGAGGAUUUGAGCCAUGAACGCUCCAAAGUGUCCCAUUUGUCAUCAGUCUGAUAUCGGCAUUCUGGAUGGUCAGUGUGCGGUCUGCAAGUCUUGCUCUAAAUCGAACCGGUGCGUGUUUCAGUUCUGCUUGGCAUGUGAAAGAAAAUGGCCACAGGACAUUUCGACCACCAAAUCCUGCAUGCUGCCGAACUGUGCGCUCCGUGCUGCCCUCCUCAGCGACACAAGAAUCAAUGACCCAGAAAGCUCGGUGAGAGGAUGCCCGUACUUCAGGGCCUGUCCAGGAUGUCAUGCCCUACUAACACACAGUGGUGAGGGGUGCCCUAACAUAAUUUGUCCCAAAUGCAACCAGGAGUUCUGCUUUCGCUGCCUGCGCCCAGAAUGCUACGACAAUGAGGAUUAUGCGGAUGAUGAGUACUAUGAUGAUUACGACCAAGAUGAUCCUGAGCCAGAGCUCUGUGUGAUAGUGGAUAACAAUGAGAUCCUUCAACAUCUAGGACUGUAGUGGAUAAACAACAUAACUCUGAAUAACUCUGUGAGGAUAAACUACUAAAAAUAACAUUUAAUUGAUUUAAUAAUGAGCUAGGGAAAAGAUAACUGUAUUUUAAUUUCUAAAGAGAAUAAAAAUGUUUUUACUCAAA